UAGGUCGUAUUGCGAAAACGGGCCCAUUUACUCUCGGCCCCUUGUCCCAUCUUCCUCGGCUUGUAGGCGUCGUUGCUUUUAGGGUUUUAGAAGCGCGCUUGAGCUACUCAACAAUUGCGGUAUUUCAGAUUACAGAGGGUUUAGCUACCGAAAAGUCAAUCGCUCUCUCUCUCUCUCUCUCACUCACUCACUCAAUGGAUCCGUCACAAUACCAAUCCAAUGAACUAGCGCAAUUUAUCGCGCAAGAGAAGGAAAGAGCCAUGGUUAAUGAGAUGGUGGGAAAGCUCACAAAUGUCUGCUGGGACAAGUGCAUCACUGGUACACCCGGGAGCAAGUUCAGCUCCAGUGAGUCUAGCUGCCUUUCAAACUGUGCUCGGCGUUAUAUGGAUAUGAGUGUCAUUAUCAUGAAACGCUUCCAAAACAUGCAAUGAAGGUCUAGGAGCAUCGUUGUGUUAUCCCAAUUACAAGAUGUGGUCUUUUUUGCCUGUGGUGUCCUCAGUUAAAUUAUCAGCUGAAGAUAUUUUGUAUUUUUGGAAGUAAAUCUCUUUUCAUUUUCAUGAAAAUAUUACAUUAAGAUGUCUUUCAAUUUUAUAGUACUCAACAAUCAAUUUCCUGAGCAUUUCAUGAUGAAUGAAUUGGUAGCGUGUUGUGGUUGGUUACA